UAACACCGAAAGCACCUGGCAACGUCGACGUUAUUGAUAAUUGGCCGGAGAAGACACGCGCUGAACCAAUCGCAUCGCCACACGAACGCACAUCCACAAGCUUAAUGUCAUCGGCAUUUCCUACACCGACUUGUCACACACGCCUGCCACGUUGGUUUGAAUUUUCUUCCCGUUAUUCUUUUCUACAUCAGCACUAACAGGGAUCGGUUCGGGUUUCACUUCCUCCUCGCACAUCACUUGUUAUAAUGUUUAAAUUAUUAGGAUUUUGUUUAUUAUUAUCGGCGUUUAAUGUCGCCCGAGCAGAUGAAAUUCCAACUGAAGACGGAGUUUUGGUGCUGACGAAAGAAAACUUCCAACAAGCUACCGCUGAUAACGAAUUCAUCUUGGUCGAAUUCUAUGCCCCAUGGUGUGGACAUUGCAAGGCACUAGCUCCAGAAUAUGCUAAGGCUGCAAAGCAAUUGGAAGAACAAGGUUCUGCCAUCAAACUUGGCAAAGUAGAUGCCACUCAACAACAGGAUUUGGCCGAAGAAUACCAAAUUAGAGGCUAUCCAACACUUAAAUUCUUCAGGAAUAGCAAUCCUAUUGAAUAUUCAGGAGGUCGCCAAGCCGAUGAUAUUGUUUCCUGGCUGUUGAAGAAGACUGGCCCAGCAGCAAAAACGCUAAACACAGUUGAUGAGGCCAAGGAACUCAUUGACUCUUCCAAUGUGGUGGUCAUUGGCUUCUUCAAGGACCAGGAUACUGCUUUGGCCAAAGGGUUCUUGGAUAUUGCUGCUGUCAUUGAUGAUAUUCCAUUCGGAAUCACUGGUGAUGAUGCUAUCCUCAGCGAAUAUGGUGCCAGUGAUCAGCAGGUCAUACUCUUCAAGAAGUUCGACGAAGGCAAAGCGGUGUACGACGGUGACCAGACUCCAGCUGACCUGAAGAAGUUCAUCCAAAGCAACGCCCUGCCUUUGUUGGUCGACUUCAACCAUGACACCGCGCAGAAAAUCUUCGGCGGUGAGAUCAAGAACCACCUUUUGCUGUUCCUCAACAAUAACGACGAGCACUACAAGAAGGUUACCGAGGCUGCACGAUCAAUUGCCAAAGAAUUCAGGGAACAAGUUCUGUUCGUUACAAUCGACGCUGAAGUUGAAGACCAUCAACGUAUCAUGGAGUUCUUUGGACUGAAGAAGAAAGAAGAAGUACCAACUGUUCGUCUUAUCCGUCUUGAAGAAGAAAUGGACAAGUACAAGCCUGAGACCGACGAUCUGUCAGCAGAAAGCUUGAAGCAGUUCGUACAGGACUUCCUUGACGGAAAACUAAAACAACACUUGUUGAGCCAAGAAUUGCCAGAAGACUGGGACUCCAAACCUGUGAAAGUCUUGGUGUCAACCAACUUUGAUGAAGUAGCUUUGGACCCUACCAAAGAUGUUUUAGUAGAAUUCUAUGCUCCAUGGUGUGGACACUGCAAGCAGUUGGAGCCCAUCUACGUCAAGGUCGGCGAGCAUUUCAAAGACAACUCAGACGUAGUAAUUGCCAAGAUCGACGCCACAGCGAAUGAGCUCCAGCACACCAGGGUGACCAGCUACCCCACCAUCAAGCUUUAUACAAAGGGUGAGAACCAGCAAUUCGAUUACAACGGACCCAGAACGUUCGAGGGUCUGACCAAAUUUGUGGAAAGCGGUGGCAUGGACGGAGCCGAUGUUCAGGAAACCAGCGAGGAAGAGGAUGAUCACAAAAAGGACGAGUUGUAAGGAAUUUGGACAAGUGGUGGUUCAGGAUGGUUUUUUCUUGGGUGCAAUUGGAGGCUCAGGGGGUAUUUUUGAGUAUUGUCGCUCGAAUGAUGGACUUUCGAAAUAUAUAUUUUGGAUCUAUCUGUAUGUACUUCUCACCUUAUUUGAAUCGAAAAAUGUAUUUUAAUCUACAUAAUCUGCAUGCAAUGGUGCGUGAGAUCCCGAACUAGAGAAUUCUAAAAAUAUUUUCAAAUAUAUUUUAGGAACUCUUAGUUGGUCAAACUCCUCCAUUGUGUCUGAUAAAAAAGGACAUAAUUCCAAAAUAAAAAUCUAAAAACUGGUAAAUUGUAUAUAAAGGCAAACCGCGGAACUAGCACUAUAAUUGUAUGGCUUUGAAUAUUUGUUGUUUUGAUCGACCUUAAAAUCAAAAUAAUUUGUGUUAUUGAUCAAAAUCUGUUUAAAUUUAUACUUCUGCUUUAUAUUUUGCUCCGUGAGCCUCCCCAAAUAUUCGUAUAAUUCCUUUUUGAUGUAUUUAUAACUGAAUAUUUUUGUACUUCGUGAUUUUUUUUAUUAACUGCGUCUAUUUUUUCUGUUUGUGAAUUUCUUUUUAGGACUUAUAUUACGAUGAUUUAUUUUUUGUAUAUGUACUGAUUCGUUGUAAGUGAUUAUGGUUGUAAAUAGAAUAUAUGCGCAAGAGAAUUGAGGCAAGGAAGAUCUAAUGUUGCAGCAGUACUGAUAUGCCUCGUUCACCAUAUUUGAUUUCCAUAUUCUUUAAAGCCAUGUUUUUUUCAUGUGCUGAAAUUAUACAUAUACGUUGGCGAAUCAUAAAAAUAAAUUCGAUUUAACAAGUG